UUAGUAAAACGUCGACUUUAUCAAAUAAUUUCGAUCAAAUCGUUUUAGAUUGAAGGAGAAUUAAAGCGGAUAGACGCGUAUUUUCAUUUUUAUCGUUAAGGAAAGUGUGUUUACAACAACUUUAAUUAAAUUUGAAUUACGUCUAUACGUAAAUACAAACGUCGAAAAAACAAGAAUGAGUGAAAACACAAAGGAAGAAAACGGUGAUAAACAUGAAGAAUUUAAAGAAACUGAUCCACUUAAAGACGAUGUAGAAGAUUCAACACGAGAAAAGCAACGAAGUUUUAGCGAAAACAUUGUGCAUGCAUUCAAAAACAUAACAGUCGAGCCAUCCAUGUUCCUCUUCAUAAUACCAAUGAUCUUUUCAAUAUUAACAUCGCAAAAUCUAAACCUAGAAAAGGCAUGCAGAGUUAAUUUAAAUUUCACAGAUGAAAUAUGUGACUCGCUCAAACUACAGACAGUUGGUGUACAAAACGAAUAUGAAAAAGAAGUACAAAAACUGGUCGCAAGAGCAAUGUCUUGGAGGACAUCAAUCACUGCAACAAUUCCGUGUGUUUUAGCGCUAUUUGUGGGUUCGUGGUCAGAUAAAACUGGGUAUCGGAAAAUAUUUUUAAUUAUACCCAUCUUGGGCCAAUUGUUCGUGUGUGCUAAUGGCAUAUUUCAUACAUUUUACUUUAAAGAAAUUGGUUUAGAAGCUUUGGUAUUCAGUGAAGCUAUACUUGAUGGAUUGUUAGGUUCUUGGUGUGUAUCUCUGUUAACUAUGUUUUCAUUUAUCAGUGCUAUUACAAAUGAAAAGAAUAGGACAUUUCGUAUGGGACUCAUAAAUUUUAGCUUAACCGUCGGCUUUCCCAUUGGCAUGGGUCUCAGUGGGUUGUUGUUAAAAAAGCUCGGGUAUUACGGAUGCUACGUUUUAGCUUUUGGACUACAUUUUGUUAACCUGUUAUACAAUACAUUUAUAUUGAAGGAUCCAGAAAGGACUGUUGAACAGAAAAAGAAUGAUAAUCAAGGCGUGCGCCAUUUAGUUCGCAUUUUCUUUGAUUUGGGUAACUUGAGAGACACAAUAAAAGUUGUGUUUAAAAAUGGACCAAACCAUAGACGUUUCCGUGUUUGCGCAUUAUUAGUCGUCGUAGCUAUAUUAUUUGGACCCAUGCAUGGUGAACUUUCAAUAAUGUACAUAUCAACAAGGUACAGAUUCAAUUGGACUGAGGUAAUGUUCAGCAUAUUCCAAGCAUACAACUUUGUCGCCCACACAAUAGGAACGAUAUUCUCCAUCGUUGUAUUCAGUAAAUAUUUGCAGUGGCACGAUUCUAUAUUAGGAAUUAUUUCAACUCUCAGUAAAAUUGCUUCAUCAUUUGUCUAUUGUUUCGCUACGAACGAAAAAAUAUUCUUUAUUGGUCCUUUAGUAGACAUUCUGAACGGGACAGCUUUAUUAGCAUUACGAUCAACUGUGUCCAAAACAGUAUCAGCCGAUGAAUUUGGCAAAGUAAACUCAAUAUUUGCGUUAACGGAAAACCUCAUGCCUUUAAUCUACGUGCCCUUGUAUACUAAAGUGUACACAGUGACUAUGGAGGUUCUACCAGGCGCUGUCUUUCUUAUGGGGUCAGCAAUGACCCUGCCCGCGGUUUGUGUGUUCAUAUGGUUGUUAUGGGAGCAUAGGAGAAAUUUAAGGAUAUCCAAGAAGAAACCAGUGAGCACUGUGGACGUUAAGUAAAAUAUAUUUACACUUUUACCCACCGAAUACUCCUAUACCGAUACUUAAGAAAUCACAAUAAUUCAUCUGAGUUACACAGCCCUAUUGUUAUGUACAUAGACCUCGCAUCAGGAGAAUAUUCUCGAUAUGGUCGUCAUGAAGAUUUGGACGAAAAAUGAAAAUUCACCCGAUGGUUACCGUCGUAGAGUAAAGAGGGUAUUACUUAACAUACCUUUGCCCGUUUACUACCUGUUCUAAUUUAUGCAAAUCCCGAUAUAGCCUGUAUAUAGCAGAGUGAUGACGUCAUAUUGGGAUUUCAAGUUUUUCCUCUAUUAUAGAAAUAAAUAUCGAUUAUUGCGAGUUUUCAUUCAAUUCAAUAAUCUUUUACGUAAUAAUUAGGUUUUUAAGUUUGACAAAUCCCUCUUGCUGUCGUGUUGUUUAAAUAUGAUAUUAUUGUAUAUUUUAAGUUUAUGAAUAAAUUAUUUGUUAUUUUUA